AUGAGCGGCAUCGCUGCAGCAGUUGAUCUCGGCGCCACGUAUCCUGAAGACCUCGAACGAGACAAGUUUGCUUUCCUCAGCUUCCGGCUGUAUUACCUGCUUGCUUAUGGGAGAUGGCACCGGAGAAAGGCGAAGAAAGAGGGAGACGGAGGCAUGAGCGGAAUUUCAGGAUACAUGAGUUUGGAUGUUCCCGUCACCGUCUUGAGGUAUCAGUAUCUGCGACGAAGUUGA